AUGCCAAACUGUUCCAAUUUAGGCCCCGGAAAAAUUGUAUGUAAGCCAGGGAACUACAGUGAAUUUGUGCUUGCAAGGGGAGUCGUAUCUGAUAAUAAUUCAACGAAAGAGAUUGACCUAAGCGGUUGCAAGAUUAGCGACGUCGACUAUGAAUCAUUCCAUCGUCUUCCAGCGUUAACACAUCUCAACCUAUCGCAAAACCUUAUCACUAGGCUCAAACUAGGCGUACUAGACGGCUUCAAGAAUUUAAUUCACCUAGAUCUAUCACACAAUCAAUUAAAAACCUUCCCACUCGGUUUGUUUGACCAAAAACCGAACCUUGUUUAUCUGGAUCUAAGUCACAACCAACUCCAGGCGCUGGAACUGGGAAUAUUUGAUCCGUUAUCAAAAUUAAGGUUUUUAGAUUUGUCUAACAAUUCACUGCGUGGAGCUGACAUCGAUCCGUAUAUAUUUGACAAAAGUAAACGGAUUAAAACGCUCAGUUUCUCUACGAACGAUAUGAGUGGUGCCCAAGAUAUACUUCUGCAUGCUAUGACAGUAUUGGAGAAGCUGGAUCUAGAGGAUUGCCAACUUGAAGAACUUCCAGCGUUCGCGCUAAAAAGUAACAUGGGUACUCUGAAGGAAUUAAAUUUAUCGCAAAACAAAUUACAGGAGAUUAGAGGCGACGAGACUUUUAAACACUUGACUGGUCUGGUGUCACUUAAUUUGACGUCGAACACUAUAGAAAUGAUUGGAGAGGCGGUUUUUAAGCCUUUGAAUAAGCUAAAAGUCAUAGCGUUAAGGGAUAAUAGAAUUAAACAGUUACCAGAGACGGUAUUCCAAAACAUGCCGCUAUCAAACAUAGAUUUGUCACGUAAUCUUAUUGAGUUUAUACCGGUAAACGCAUUCAGAGGUACUAAGACAAAGAACUUGAACUUAUCGAGUAACAGGUUUACAUAUUUACAGGAUAACUUUUGUUUAGAAUUGAGGAAUUCCGGUGCGUUUGUGAACAAGUUUUACUUCAACGAUAAUCCGUGGCAGUGUGCUUGUCUGCGGCAGCUUUUGAAUGAAGUAAGGAGGUUCGAUAUUGUGUACAAUAACGCGAAGUUUGAUGGGCAGCAUCCAGUGUGUGUAGAGGUCGAUGGUCCUAUAUGUCAUCGUCAUGUGGAGUUUAAUGAACACGUCUACGAAAUAUACGAUAACUAG